AUGUCGAACCCCGCUAAGCCAGCUGUCGAAGCUGGAUCCAGCUCCUUUGCCGAGAAAAUGGCGUUAUUGAAAGCGGAGGACCUCACAGACUUGGAGAAACAGCUGCUACCGAUUUUCGAGGCUGCGCUCCUCUCGAAAGAUCCACCUACCAGCGACGACGGCAUGACGCCUGGUGCCGCAGCUGCUGAGAUCGAUCAGUUGUGCCCGUCGCCAGAGGCCCUUGAGGAUCUCGAGACUUUUGUUCGUGUAUUCGUGAAGCAUGGGUUGGCGGCGAAAGAUCCCGACUAUGAGGCCGCAAAUCCUGACAUGAGGGCCGAGUGGAUCAGUCUCAAUGCAUUCUGCGCUCGUCUUGUGAAUACUGGAGUUGUACGAUGGACAGUGCUCGCUGUUAUAGAGAUUCGAGCUGCCCUGGAGUGUGAUAUUCCGGAUGAUGACACCAGGGAACUGAGGUUGGUCGUUGCAAGCCAGUGGAUUACGUUGUGCGGUAAAGAGUUAUUCAAGGACGCCUCUCAAGCGAACACUCUUAACGAAACGGAACUAGAUGCAACAUCUCCCGGGCCCUUGUAUACUGGCCGACCCGGCUUCGCGUACACCUGGGGCCUAUCCGAAGCCCAGAACUUUACUUCCUGA